AUGGUUUCUUUAAUAUUUGGGACCAGCGAAAUCACACAAAGCUUCAAUUUUGUGCUCGAGACAGACUUAGCGAAUCCAAUAAAUGGACCGCCAGGUUUAGUUUCACUCAGGAGAAAUGAAGAAAACAUAAAAAGCUACUUCAUUGGAUUUACAUCUCCAAAGCACAAUGUUCAAAAAUAUCUUCAAGCUGUUCAGCUCUGUUUUCACCAUUGAAGAGCCAGUUUUUGUGAUCAAACUUUAUUAGUUCAUUGCCACAACUGAAAAUCUGGCAUUGGCAAGACGAUGCUAUCAGAUAUAAUAAGGAUUACCCAGCCUUCGAAUAUCAUUGAAUACUUUACAGAAAAUCCAGAAGUAAAUUCAAUUUUAAAGGAAAAAUCGAGCCUAUUAGAAGGGGUUUACCGCAUGUCUCCAACAAAGGUUACCACAUUGCAAAUACCAGAAAGCCAAAAAAAUGAUAUAAAGGCAGAAAGAGGAAGAAUCCUAGAAAAAUACUUUGGGAAAACUGGAGUAGAUUUGCCACACAACUAUAUUGAUAAGCAGCCUUGGGUUUGCUUUGUUAGCGAUGUGACCAUAACAAUAAAUCUGAAUCCAAUAGAGGCAAGGUUUAUUCCUGCAUUAGUUCCUAAAAUUUGUGGACUUUCAAUUAGAGCAGACCCAAUCCCAGAAUGCAAAGGGCUGGGGAUAAUAAGGGAUGUGAAUACUGAGACUGGAAUGCUUUAUAUUAUCACGCCAUUAGCAAAUAUACAUGAGAUUGAUACUUUGGAAAUCCAUACAGGAGAAGGCUGUAUAGAGCUGGAAAGAGAUGCUUUGUGGAGCUCUCAAUUUUAUGAUGAGUUUGAAGAAGAUAUUGGGUGCGUGCUUCAUAAUGUGAUUUUGGCAGAAACACAACAGAAAUAUCACCCAGGAAGAAAGAACUAA